GGUGGGAUUGCGUGGGGCGGAGCGCAGGGGAGUUACAGUGGUCAUGCGAAGACCGUAAGAAAGGCAUGAAUCAAGGCCGGUUCUUUGGUGUUCAGAUUAAGGAGGAGGAUUUUACACAAUCCCAAAUCCAAAUCCCUGCUCUUUCGCAUUCUCUCUCUUCUGUGUCGCUCGUAGUGGCUCAGUCUCUGUUUCUCUGACUGAAAUUCUCUUUCAUUUUCAUUCCCUCCAUUUUAACGUUUUGCAAGAGGCUAGAUCUCUGUCUCUGUGGAAUUGUGCAUAAAUUUGGGGGAGUGGGAUCAGAUCGGUGCGGACUGCGGAGGGUUAGAGGCCGUGUGAUGUGCGGACUUUGACUCUGCCGUGAUCCGAUACAGCGCCGGCGGCCGAACCUGAAGUCAAUUUGGAGGUAUGGGGCAGUGUUACGGCAAGACCAUUCCGACCACUGACACUGACGCCACUGCAACUACCAUCACCACCACCGUCGUUCAGCCCUCCUCCGCUGGUUACGGAGGCGAUCCGUCGCGGACGCCGUCGCAUUACCCCUCCGCUAGUGGCGGUGGUAACGGCGCCGUCUCCGUGAAGAAUACGCCGGCCCGGACCUCCUACCCUAGCCCCUGGCCUAGUCCCUACCCUCAUGGAGUCGGGGCCAGUCCUCUGCCGGUGGGCGUUUCGCCGUCGCCGGCGAGGGCUUCCACGCCGGGGAGGUUUUUCAAGCGGAGGUUUGCUCCGCCGUCGCCGGCCAAGCACAUCAAGGCGUCGCUGGCAAAGCGUUUUGGGUAUACGAAGCCCAAGGAGGGCCCGAUCCCGGAGGAGCGCGGGGCGGAGCCGGAGCAGCUGCUCGACAAAAGCUUCGGCUACGCUAAGAACUUUGGAGCUAAGUACGAGUUGGGGAAGGAGGUUGGAAGAGGGCAUUUUGGUCAUACUUGCUCUGCUAAAGGGAAGAAAGGUGAGCUCAGAGAUCAACCCGUCGCCGUCAAGAUCAUCUCUAAAUCCAAGAUGACAACAGCAAUAUCAAUUGAAGAUGUUCGGAGAGAGGUGAAAAUAUUGAAGUCUUUAUCUGGGCAUAAGCACCUUGUAAAAUUUCAUGAUGCAUGUGAGGAUGCCAAUAACGUUUACAUAGUCAUGGAGUUAUGUGAAGGUGGGGAACUUCUAGACAGAAUUUUGUCAAGAGGAGGAAGAUAUGCAGAGGAAGAUGCCAAAAAUAUAGUUGUUCAGAUUUUAAGUGUAGUUGCGUUUUGUCAUCUUCAAGGCGUUGUGCAUCGUGACUUAAAGCCUGAGAAUUUCCUAUUUACCUCUAGAAGCGAAGAUGCUGAUAUGAAGCUCAUCGACUUUGGUCUCUCGGACUUUGUUAGACCAGAUGAGAGACUUAAUGAUAUCGUCGGAAGUGCUUAUUAUGUUGCUCCUGAAGUGCUUCAUAGAUCUUACACUCUGGAAGCAGACAUAUGGAGCAUUGGGGUCAUCACCUAUAUUUUAUUAUGUGGAAGUCGGCCAUUCUGGGCAAGAACGGAAUCAGGAAUUUUCCGUGCAGUUCUAAGAGCAGAUCCUAAUUUUGAUGAUAUACCAUGGCCUUCGGUGUCUCCCGAGGCGAAAGACUUUGUGAAAAGGCUCCUCAACAAAGAUUACAGAAAGAGAAUGACUGCAGUCCAGGCUCUCAUGCAUCCAUGGUUGCGGGACGAUAGUCGUCCUAUUCCUUUAGAUAUAUUGAUCUAUAAGUUGGUGAAGUCAUACCUACAUGCUACUCCUUUCAAACGUGCAGCAUUGAAGGCUCUCUCAAAAGCUUUGACAGAGAACGAACUCUUUUAUCUUAGAGCUCAGUUUGCGUUAUUGGAACCAAAUAAAGAUGGGCGUGUUGGUCUUGAUAACUUCAAAAUUGCUCUAAUGCGGAACGCAACAGAUGCUAUGAGGGAGUCGAGGGUUCAUGAAAUCGUAAAUCUGCUGGAGCCUCUUGCCUUCAGAAGAAUGGACUUUGAGGAGUUCUGUGCUGCUGCAAUCAGCACUCAUCAAUUGGAAGCUCUUGACCGGUGGGAGCAGAUAGCCUGCGUGGCCUUUGAGCAUUUCGAGCACGAGGGCAACCGUGUGAUAUCCGUAGAAGAAUUAGCGAGGGAAUUGAACCUUGGUUCUUCAGCAUAUUCUAUCCUUAAAGAUUGGAUUCGAGGAGAUGGAAAGCUUAGUUUUCUUGGGUAUACAAAGUUCUUACAUGGUGUCACACUUCGUAGCUCAAAUACGAGACACCAUUAGUCUUUUUUUCCCCCUUUUUUUGCAGUCUUCAUUAUAUAUUCAGUUGAAAAUUGGUGAGUUCUUAUACAUUUUAGGGGCACUGCAGAUUUUUUUUUUCUUUUUUUCUUUUUUGCCUCCUUUGUGGGGGUGGAAAUGUGUAUAAAAUUGAAUGUUUUAGUGAAGGCAGUUUGGAAGGGAUUGUUGAGUCCACAUAUAAUAUAUCAUCAAAAGCUACCGUUGCUCCACAAUUCCUUAGCUCUAUUCUCUUUCGUGAGCACAUUUUAUGAGUAAUGAAGGCCUCUGAUAUAAUUGUCA